AUGGGUCUUUUGAGAAGAUUGUCUUAAAUAUUCAAAUCAGAAGUUCCUUAGACUAAUAAUGAUCAUUUACAUGAAAAUUAAUAGUAUUCAAAGAAGGUAUGAAAUAUAUACCAUUAGAUUGUUUUGGAAAAUGGAGAGAGUGUAAAUGUUAGAGGAAAUGAAAAUUAAUUUAAUUUAGUAAAGACAAGUAGAUAUACAUUAACAAAUUGCUUAUAUGUGUUGAUAAUUAAAUUUUUUAAGCGAUUUCUCAAUUUGUACUUAUUUGUCAUCAACAUGAUAUAAUUAGACUAUAAUUAUUUAAUUUCACUCUUGUUAACAUUUACUAUACAUACUAUAAUUGAAUUAUACUUUGACACUUAAAAACGAGAGCGUGAUGAAAAAACAAACUCUCGUUAAGCAACAGUAUUUGCAGAUUUAAAAAAAAGUGUAUUAAAUACAACUUCAUCUAAAUUAAUAAUAUAAGGAGGAAGAAAAUCACUAAAUUAAAAUAUAGUUGAACAUGAAAACUUGGUUAAUAAUAACAAUUAUUAAAAAGAUAUAUGUAUGAGAAAGGUAAGUAUAGAUACAGUCACAUAUAAAUAGGAUAAAUAAACUAGAAUUCCAUUAUUUUCUAUGAAGAGAUGGGAUUAACUUCAAGUUGGUGAUAUUAUAUAUUUAAAAAAUAAUGAAAUAUGUCCAGCUGAUGUUUUAAUUUUGGAUAUGGGUUAAUCUGCUAGCAUGGCUAGUAAUACUGUUAUGAGUGGUAAUACUAAUGAAGUUAGAAAACGAGCAUGUCCUUUAACUACUAUUUCCAAAGAACAUAACAUUUAAUUACUAGAUUAUCGUACUAUUUUAAAUGGUGUUAUUAGAUAUGAUUAGACUGAUUCUGAUCAAUAUUAUAAAGGUAUGGUAAAAUUGAAGAAGGAUCCUAAACCUUUAGAAAUAAAUAAAGAAAAUAUCUUCUUCAGAGAAUAAUUACUUUUAAAUGAUUUAUAUAUGUUUGGAGUUAUACUCUCAGUUGGACUAGAUUGUAGAUGCUAUAAAUCAUUUAAACAAAUUGAAAAAUAUGGUUAUUUUGAAUAAAAAGCAAAUUUGUACUUCUUUAUAGCCAUACUCUCUUUAAUAUUGCUUAGUGUAAUUUAAUAUAUUAUUGAAUAUUAUGGUGAACAUGAAUACAUUAUAGAAUUUUAAUUAAUCAACUAUUCUAAUUUAUUACCUCUUUAUUUUUAUUUUUUAAUUGACCUACUUUAUUUUACUUAAAUGUUAUACUAUAAUUACUUAUUCCAAAAAGAAAAGGGAAACACAAAAAAUUCAGUCUAAGAUGCUAAUCCUUUAUUAGAUAAUGGACAUACUAAAUUAAGACAUUUGCAAGUAAAUUAUUCUCCAAUUUCUAAUUUAUCUUUGAUUAAUCAUGUAUUAAUUGAUAAAACUGGAACUUUAACAACACCUAAUUUUAAGAUCAAAUGGAUAUUCAUCUUUGAUUCCCUCUAUAAAUUAAGAUACAGAUCAUUUGCAGAAAAGGAAUUUUAAAAUGCCAUUAAAUAAACAAAAAUGAGAUAAGAAUUAAAUAUACCAAUUGAUGAAAGAAUAGAACCUGAAUCUACUCCAAUGAUAAAAUGUAAUAAUGAGGAAGUGAAUUUCAAAUUGGAAGAUUUAGAUGAUGAUCAUCCUCCAUAUGAUGAAUUACAUCGUACUUAACCUCCAAGAUUCAGACCAGAAUCUUAAGUAAGUAGUCAAUUUGAUUAAAGUGCUGAAGGAGCAUAAAUAUAAAAAUAAUCAUAACAGAGAGGUAGCAGUCUUAUAGUUAACAGUUUACAUGAAAGCAAAAGAUAAUUAACUUAUUAAAGAGGUAGUUAAAAGUUUCAUGCUCCAAGAAUUCCAUCAAAUUUAGAAAUAGUUUCAGAAGUUGAAUUUUCUGGUAAUGAAAUCACUUUGAUUAGAAGAAUUUAAGAUGAUGAAUUUAAACCUCAUUAUUUUGAAGCUAUGUUUGCUUUAGUGUUAUGUUAGAAUACUAGAUCAUUAUAUUAGAAAAGUGAUGACUCAAUCUUUUAUGAAUAUAGUUCAGAAUUAGAUAAAUAAUAAUUACAUUUAUGCAAAAAUUAUGGUUAUAAAUUUAUUUGUAGAAGUAAAUGUGAAAAUUAAAUCAGAUAUGUGAUUUAAGAUGGAGAAGAUAUUCACUUAAUUGAUGUUAUGGCUUUACAUUCGUUUAAUUCCAGAAAAUUCAGUAUUAUAAUUAGAUUACAAGAAGAAUUAUGUAAAAAGUUAGGUCUAGAAAAUGAUGAUUCUUAAUAUUUAUAAUAUUUAAGAGAUGAUAGUUUAGAUAUGAUAGGUUGUUUAUCUUUAGAAAAGGAUUAAGUGGCUAAACUAGAUUUAAUGAUUAAAGAUAUAUAAGUCUAAGGUAGCAGACCUGUUUUAUUUUAUAGAAGUUUAAUGACUGAAUUACAAAUGUAAACCUUUAUAAAAGAAGCUAAUAAAUUAUUAGAUAUUCAAUCAAAUAAAAUUGAAUUUAUGAAUGAAUAUUAAUUUUUAAUGCAUGAAUUUGAAAAGAAUUGCGAUCUUGUAACUGUUAUUGGAGUUUAAGAAAAAAUCAAUAAACAUGUAACACCUACAUUAAAUGGGAUUAAAUAAUUAGGUAUACCAUGUUGGCUAGUUAGUGGAGACAACUAUGAGAAAGUAUUGCCAAUAGCAUAUAGAGUUUAAUUGCUUAAUUCAAAUGAUACAGUUGUUCAUAUAUAAGCAAAAACUUAAGAUGAAUUAUUUCUAUAAUUAAAAUAAUAGUUAUAAAGUUUGAGUGGGUAAUUGAGAUCACAUUCAAAUAAGAAAGAAUUAAGACAUUCAGAUACUUUGAUUCAUAAAAAAGGUUCAUUUACUUGUAGUCCUAGAUGGAUUUCAGGUGGAUAAAAGAAUUUACAUAUUAGAUAAUUUCAAAUUAUUAUAAAUGGAGAAUCUUUAGAAUAGAUAUUAAGAGAUGCUUAUUUGAAGAAACAUUUUUAAUUUCUAUUAUAAUUUACAUCAAAUUUUAUUGGAUAUAGGAUGACUCCAUAAUAAAAGUCUAUUUUAAUAAAAUUAUUAAGAGAUAGAAAGUUAAAUUAUAAAUUUAUAUUGUCCAUAGGAGAUAGUUUUAGUGAUAUGAAUUUAUUUAAUCAUUCAGAUUUUACUUUUUAGAUGUAAUCUUAAAGAUAAAUAUUCCCACAUGAUAAAAAUAAUUUUGAAGAUCUACAACAUGGAAGAGUCUCAAUAAAAUAUUUGGAUUAAGAAUCAUAAUUCUGUUAACAUAAAUAGGAUCAUGGCUUUAUAGAACCUUUAUAUAAUAGUGAUAUCUAUAUAAAGGAUUUUGAAUUAAUACAUAGAAUGAUAGCAUUAGAUUCUAGAAGAUCGGCUUUAUAUUUUGAGAGAAUUCUAAUAUUUGCAUUAUUUAGAAGUUUCGCUAUAAUAUAUUUGGUUUGUGUGACAUAAUUGAUUAGAAAGUAAGUUGAUGUGAUAUCUAAAGAUUAUCUUAAAUUUCAUUCUAAUAUAUUCUUUUUAUUAUCAAGCACAUUUAUUAUAAGUGAGAUAAGUGAAAAGGUUGAAAAUUGUAAUCAUAGUGAUUUCUUGUAUUUUGUAUUUAAAAAUAACUAAUUAGAAUUAAAUAAUAAUAAAUUUGGUAAAUACAUAACAAGAAUUACAUUAUUUCCAUUAAUUCAAGCCUUAUUGAUAAAUCUAUACACAGAAUAUACAGAUCUAUCAACUAAUAAUGGAAUCAUUAUAUCCUCUAAUGAAUUAGGAUCAGGCUUAUUUUUAUUAUUAUUGAUUGUGGAUGCUUCAAAAUUAGUAUAAAGAAACUAUAUUACUUAGAAAUAGUUGAUUUUUAAUAUAGGAUUAACCUUUGGAUUGUAUACUUUAAUUUCUCUUUAAUUUGAUUCAAUUUCGAUUAUAUAUCAAUGGGCAGCAUCAAUUUAAACUCUAUUUUCAUUUAUAUUUAUAGUAGCUAUUCAUACUAUUGCUAAUUUGGUACUCAAUUAUGUAAAUAGACCUUUCUUUAUGCCAUUACUCAUAUAAACUAGUAAUGAGUAUGAUGAGAUAGUUAAAAUAUAUAAUAAAAUUUCAGGUGAUGUGGCCAGAUAAAUAAAAUUACAUAGAGCAACAAUAGAGAAAAUCUCUUAUUUUGCAAGGAAACUCUUUAAUGGAGAUGAAGAUAUGGAUCCAAUUAUAAAGUAGAUGUUGAGUGGAGCAUUUGCUGAUGAAACAGAAAAUUCUAUUAAUUCAAUAACGUUGAGAUUCAAAUCGUAAUUGGUACAAAAUAAGUUUACAGAAGAUACUCUUAUAUAUAUAGUAAGAACUUAUAGAAUAAUAGUUGCAAUUACAUUUUUAUUCUAUGAAAUAGCUAUUUAUACAAUUGUAUUAUUAACAUUUGAUAAUUUUUCAUUAAUUUAUUGGACUGAUUACUUUUAUAUUUCAAUGUUUGGAGUACUAUUAUUAUUAAUGUUAUUUAGUUGGUCUCGCUAUUAUAAAGUAUAUUUCUUUGAAGUAAAUUUCAUUAUUUUAUUUAUUCGAUGUUCAUCUAUUGUUAUUUGGUUAUUUAAUUAAGAUUAAUCUGUAGGAUAAAUGAAUCUAAAUAUGUUAUAAUUAAGUUUAUCAGUCAAUAUAUAUCAUUAUUAAGAAUAGCCACUGAUUAGUUAAGUAUUUUCUGCUAUUUAUGUGAUAAUUUAUUUAAUUAAGAAAUCUGAUGAGGAUGACAUAUAUAUUCUCAUCAAUCAAUAUGUAAUGAGUAUUGCAACUUUGUUUUUAUUGGUUGUAACAUUUAGAAGAAUUAUUCACAUAUUUUUAGAGGUCUUUUUAGGCAGAAUUAAUAUGAAUAAGGAGAACCAAAUAAUGGGUGAUAUCUUAUCUAUACUUCUUCCUUAAUUUAUAAGGGAUCGUAUCAAUAAAGCAGGUUAAUAUGAUAUUUAGGAAGAUUAAGGUAUGGUAGCUGUACUAUUUUGUGACAUCAUUGAUUUUGAUCAAUUAAUAAAGAAUGAACAAUCUAAUGUAGUUGAUAUUUUAGAUAAGUUAUUUAGAAGAUUUGAUUUACUUUGUUAACAAUAUGAAGUCUAAAAAAUUGAGACUGUGGGUAAAACAUAUAUGGCUGCUGCAGGACUCAAAAUUCAUGUUAGUUAGAAAUCUAAUCCUGUUAAUAAAGUGAUCUCUUUGGCAUUAGAUAUGAAAAGACAUGUAAUGUCAAAUGAAGUUUUUUAAAUUAAAAUUGGUAUUCAUUAUGGAAAUGUUAUUGCUGGAGUCAUAGGUCAUCAUAAACCAUAAUUCAGUUUGAUAGGUGAUACCAUCAAUACAGCAAGUAGAAUUUGUUCAACUGCUGAACCAUGGGAUAUAGCUAUUUCUGAAUAAGCAUAUAGAUAGACUAAUAAAUUUGAAUUAGUUUAUGUUUAGAGAGAUGUGUUUGCAAAGGGCAAGGGAAAAUUGAUUACUUAUGUUGUUAAUACUAAGAGAGGAGGUAAAUAAAGAAAAUAAACAAUAAUGAUUUAAAGACCUCCAAAAUAACCAUUUAGAGAUCCAAAAGAAUAUUAAAAUUUAGAUUAAGUUAAUUCAAAUUUAUUAUCAGAAUUUGGAAUUGGUUCUAUUAAAGAUGCACAACCUUUAAUUACUAGGAAUGAAGAUCCAUAACCAUUAAUUCUUAAUAAAAAACAAAAAAGUGAGAUUUACAAUUAUGUUACAAAAACAUAAAAGUAAAUAAUUAUUGAUAGUCCAAAUAAAUCAAUUUAAUAAUAAAUGGUAUUUUAAUAAUCUAUAGCAUAAUUUGCAUUAAAUUAAGGUGUUGGAUCAUCUAAAAAUUAUGCUUCUUAAUCUAUAGUUGGUGGAAUUUAAUCUUAAGGAUUUGAUGAUAGACACUAAAAACAUUAAGAUCUAAUAUAAUUAUUAGAAAAGAAGACAAGAUGUGAAUUAAAUGUUUCUGAUUAUCAAUUAAAUAUGGAAUACCAUGUUGAAAAGGAUAAAAUUAGGGCUCUUUAUAGUGUUGAUGAAGAUGCUCAAGGUCAAACUUUAUUAUUGACUCUUAAUCCAAAGAAAUUAUAUUUAGAAUUUAAUGAAGAUGCCACUGUAACACUAGAAUUUUAUGAAUUUUUAUCUUCAUUAUAUAGACCAUUUGCAGUUUAAUAUUUAUUAACAAUAGGUUCAUGUGUUUUAAUAAGUUCAGUGUCUUGUGUGAGCUUGAAUGAAUAGAUAUUUUUAGCCAAUUUAAUAACAGGAGUAUUUGUUGGACUAUUACAUUUAUUAUUAUGCACUUUAAUACAUAAAUAUGAAUCUUUUUAUAAUGUUAUAUACUUUUCAAUAUUAGCUUAUUUAUUACUUGGUAGUUAUGCUUUGGAUUGUUUUUUAAUUACUGAUCAUUAUGAAAUUUAAAUAGCUAAAGGAAUCAUAUAUUGUCUUAGUGUUUUACUUAAUAGAGUUCUUAGACAUUAACAUAAAUUAGUUUAUUUAGUUCUAUUUUUAGGAGUGACAAUAGCUGCUAUUAUAGUAAAUGAUUGGCCAUGGAGUAGAUUCUAUUAUUGUGCUAUUAUUUCUAUAUUUGCUUUUUGUAUUUAAUUAUUCAUGUUUUUGAAGAAUGUCAAUUCAUAUAAUGUCAACAAAUAAUUAAUUGAAAAAUCAAUCAAAUACUAAUUUUUAUUGAAUUAUUUAUUACCUAAAAAUGUAUAAUUUUAUUUAUUUUUAUUAGGUUCUUGAAGAGUUUUUUAGACCAAAUGAAGAAAAACGUGUAUUAAGAGAAUAGGCUGAUGAAGUAACUUUAUUAUUUGCUGAUAUUGCUGGUUUUACAGAGUAUUCAAGUAGUGUACAACCUGAAUAAGUAGUUAAUAUGUUGAGAAAUCUAUUUACUGAAUUUGAUAAAAAUUGUCUUUUACAUAAUGUUUUCAAAUUAUAUACCAUUGGAGAUUGUUAUGUUGUUAUGGGAAUGGUUGAUUAUGGCAAAGGAAUCUAAAGAAAUCCAUCAUAAGAAGCAGUCAAUGUAGUACGAAUGGGAUUUGCAAUGAUUGAUGCCAUAAGAAGAGUAAGAGCUCAUAUUAAUCAUCCUACUUUAGACAUGAGAAUUGGAGUUCACACUGUAUGUUUAUUCAAAUUUACAUUUUAUAUUAGGGUUCUAUAAUUGGGGGUGUUCUUGGAACAGAGUUAGUAAGGUAUGAUAUCUAUGGACCUGAUGUAUUGAUUGCAAAUAAGAUGGAAUCCAAAGGAGCCAAAGGAUUUGUGUAAGUAUCUCAAGAAACAAAGGAUAUUAUUGAAAAAGAAUUCCCUGAUCUUUUCAGAUUCGAAUAUAAAUAAUCUAUAGAGUUUGAAUCUAUUGAGAGAAAGACAUCAGGCUACUUUGUUUAUUAAUGA